GAAGCAUUUAUAAACAGUGUCCAUCGAUUCGAAAGCGUCACAUCAUCUCCAUUUGCUCAGUGUUACAGCUCAAUCUCUUCUAACCUUUUUAAUCAUGAAAGUUUUGGUCUUCCUUUUCUCUGUGCUGGCUGUCGCCAUUGCUCAACGAUAUGGUUCAGCAAUACGACCAGUACGCCAGCUACUUCCAUCUCUACCAAUUGGUCAAUUUCCCGUACUUCCUGGCCCGGCAUCUUCUACAUUUGCUGCAUCUCUUGGUAAUGCUCCCGUAGGAAUUGUUGACAGAAGUGUUGGACAAGGAUAUGGUCCAGGGCUUCCAGGAUUUGGAUUUCCUUUUGGAUUCCCCUUCGGAUUCCCUUAUUUAGGAUUCCCUUAUAGAGGACUACCUUUUGGUGGCUUCCCCUAUGGUGGACUUGGAGAAAAUGUCUUCAGCACUUCCUUAGGAGGUGCUAAAGUUGGAACAGUCAGCAGAGCAACAGUAUGAGCAAACAAAAAUGAAUCUAAAACGUGACGUGGUCCUAAUGUCGUUUGAAGAAACUGAGUAUGAAUGUGAUGAAUGAAUUCAAUUAUUGUCCUUCAUAAUUUUUAUUUAAAUAAAAAAGUUGAAAUCUAA